CCAAUCCCAAUAUCUACUUCAAAAUCUACUUUCUUGUUUUGAGAAUUGUGAGUUCUUGUAUGGAGCCAUUUUUAAAAAGGAAGAAUUAUUAUUGUUGUACCAAUUGGCCUUGGAUGAAAUUUUAUAUGCUUAUGGAAACUAAUAAUUGUAGCACUAACAAUAAAUAAUGGCUGGUAAUUUUUGGCAAAGUUCGCAUCAUCAGCAAUGGAUAUUAGACAAACAGGAUCUUAUACGAGAUCGCCAACACGAUUUAAAUUUUUUGACUGAAGAAGAAUAUCAGAAAAUAUUCAACUUCUUUGCGAGUAUUAUACAAGUCUUAGGCGAACAGCUCAAACUACGUCAACAAGUGAUCGCAACUGCCACUGUGUACUUUAAGAGAUUUUACGCGAGAAAUUCAUUAAAAUGUAUAGAUCCCUUGCUGUUAGCGCCUACAUGUGUGUUUUUAGCGUCGAAAGUAGAAGAGUUUGGUGUGAUAUCCAAUUCCAGACUGAUCACAACAUGCCAAACUGUAAUAAAGAACAAAUUUAGCUAUGCAUACGGCCAACAGGAAUUUCCGUAUAGGACGAACCAUAUACUAGAAUGCGAAUUCUAUUUAUUGGAGAAUCUUGAUUGCUGUUUGAUAGUGUAUCAGCCUUAUAGGCCACUACUCCUGUUUGUGCAAGAUAUUGGUCAAGACGAUCAACUCCUCACAUAUGCUUGGAGAAUUGUGAAUGAUUCACUAAGGACUGAUGUUAGCUUGUUAUACCCACCAUAUCAGAUAGCAAUAGGUGCUUUACACAUAGCAUGUGUAAUGCUUGGUAAAGAGAAUCUGAAACCAUGGUUUGCAGAGCUCAAUGUUGACAUGGACAAGAUUCAAGAAAUUGUUAGAGCAAUAAUAAAUUUGUAUGAAAUGUGGAAAAGUUAUGAUGAGAAGAAAGAAAUACAAGCACUUUUGACGAAAAUGCCUAAACCAAAACCUGCACCUCAAAGAUAAUAGUGUAUUUAUUUAUUUUAAAUUAACAACCUAAGUUCAAAAACUGUUCUGAUAGUAUUAAACCUAUAGAUGGUAUUUUGGACCAAAAGAACCAAAGCGGUCUAACUAUCACAAUAGUAUGGCUACUGUUUAUGUAUUUAAAAGGGAUUAUUAAAAUAGAGACAGUGGUUUUCAUUCUAGUAGCAUUUUAUUGUCAUUUGUCCACUCUGGUUCCCAUAGCCUGAUUUCUGUCAUUUAAUGAUGUCCAAACAUGUUACUAUUAAGAUUAAAACUUACAGCCUAAAUUAAAUUAAUCAUAUUUUUCUACUAAUAUGUUACAAUAAUUGUAUUUUUAUACAUAGAUUAAUUAAAAAAACAUCUAAGUUAACAUUCAAUAUUUUUUUUAAAUAUUAUACUAAAUUGAAAUAUUUGUCCACUCCACAAGAUGGAAACCUAUAUUUGUACCACAUAAUUAAUAUAUUUAUAAUUGUUUUAUACCUUACGAAGUUGGCGUGCAAGCAGCAUGUACAAUAUUUUUUUAUGUGUUUGAUAAUGUAUUAGAAAUCGCAUUUUUUAUUUCUUCCCUCCAUUCGGUUGCUAUGCUCUGUAUCGAAAAGGCGCGCCGAGUCAGAAAAUCGACGGACUUUAAUUAGCGUGCUAUGCUAUGAAAUUGCGUUCAUUAGAAACGCGACGCAGCGCGCUAAGUCAGCUUACCUCAAAUAAAAAUGAUAGCUUGUAAAAUAAAUGCGAUACGUUUCUGCGCGGUUUGAUUAUUUAAUCGAUGCUGGACAUUAUUACUUAUAUGUUUAGAAUCACUGAAUUGACCCUUAAAAAUAUAUCUAUGUAUACUAAUCUGUAUAUCACUAUCAAGAAUUAAUAAGGGCGAUGAAUUUGUUGUAAAUGUUGUUAGUAUUAUAUCAAUGAAAUAAUUUAGUUUAACUUGUAAUUUUAUUAAGCAUAAAUGAUUGACUCAGGAAACAACAUAAAUGGGUUUCUAUCUAUUCAAAAUCUGGUUUACAUAAGUUCAGACUUUAGUAAGUGGUAAUUAAAAUUCAAAUGUAAUUUUUUUAUUACCUUGUGACGGCUUUUAGCUUUUAUAUUCCUUGGUCCCAUGACUUGUUUCUAAUUAAACAUAAUUAAACUUACUUGUACAUACUCAGUAUUUAAUUUUCUAGCAUAUCUAUUUUAAUAUGUAUAAGGAGUAAACUGCGUUCUGUUUGUCAUAAGUAUGUAUUAUGAUUACAAUAAAUCUUUUGAGUACAA